AUGAUCGGGCUUAACACAGGAGUUGAUGAUUCUUGGAUUCUCCCUUCGGAAGUACGAGUCGCUGUCAAGAGCAUGAAACCUGGCACAGCUCCCGGACCUGAUUUUAUAUCAACAGACUUUCUUCGGGCUGGUGGCCAUCUUCAUGUAAUCUUAGCAGCGCACAUGACAUCCUAUCUUCAGAAAGGAAGGAUCCCAGACCAGUGGAAGACCUCGCAAACCGUUUUUAUCCAUAAGGAAGGUGACCGAGAGGACCUUCGGAACUACCGUCCGAUAUGCUUGCUGAGCGUGUUAUACAAAGUAUUCACCAAGAUCAUCCUCACGCGCAUAGCUGGGACGCUGGAUGAAGCCCAUCCUCAAGAACAAGCUGGAUUCCGUCAGGUGUUCAGCUGCUUGGACCACAUCCAGACCGUGUCGAGGGUCAUAGAGGUUUGCCGGGAAUACCGCCUGCCCCUUGUUCUAACUUUCGACUAUGAGAAAGUCUUUGACAGCGUAGAAACGAAUGCAUUUCUGUCAGCGCUGGUCGGUCAAGGUGUGGACGCGUCAUAUGUGAGGACAUUAGCCAAUUGCUACGAUAGAUGCACGACUAGGAUACAGCUUUUCCACCUACAGCUUUUCCACCAGAAAGUAGCAUACGUGUUGAUGGAAGAUUUCUCUCGAAGCUUCGUUUCGCGGGCGACAUCGUUCUCUUUUCGAGCAGUUCCAAUGAAGCAGAAACGAUGCUCAACGGAAUGA